AUGCGGUUCCACGACUUCCAGCCGGCGCUGUGCCCCGAGAUCCUGGCGGAGACCGAUGCGCUGGGCUUCGAGCACAUGACGCCCGUGCAGGCGGCCACGCUGCCGCUGUUCCUGUCCAACAAGGACGUGUGCGUGGACGCGUGCACGGGCAGCGGCAAGACGCUGGCCUUCGUGCUGCCCAUUGUGCAGCUGCUCAAGACCAAGCUGGCGGACGGCAGCAUCACGGCGCCGCGCCACGCCGACGUCACCAAGCUCGUGGCCAUGGUCAUCUCGCCCACGCGCGAGCUGGCGCGCCAGAUCUUCGAGUGCGCCGAGAAGUUCGUGGCCCACGCGCUGCCCAGCGUGCAGCUGCUGCUGUUCGUGGGCGGCACCAGCGUGGACGAGGACCUGUCGCUGAUCCGUGGGGCCGUGGGCAAGUGCUCCGUGGUCAUCGGCACGCCUGGCCGAACCGAGGACCUGCUGAACCGCUGCGUCGGCUCCAGCGUCGAGACGCGCGAGUUCGAGAUGCUCAUCCUGGACGAGGCCGACACGCUGCUGGACAUGGGCUUCGAAGUGAGUCUGAACAAGAUCCUGGAGCACCUGCCCAAGCAGAGACGCACGGGACUGUUCUCAGCCACGCAGACGCAGGAGGUGAAGGCGCUGGCGCGUGCGGGUCUGCGAAACCCGGCGACGAUCUCGGUCCAGGUGGCCAACAACACGCAGGUGACGCCGUCCACGCUGCAGAACUACUACUGCCUUGUGGGCCACGACCAGCGACUGUCGGCGCUGCACAACUUUGUCCACUCUAAGAAGGGCGAGAAGCUCAUUGUGUUUUUCUCGACGUGCGGAUCCGUGGAUUUCUUCGCGCGCGUGUUGGAGGAGCUGUUCAAGGGAACCAAGGACAUGCCCGUUGUGGCUCUGCACGGCAAAAUGCCGCAGAAGAAGCGCACGACGAACUAUGAUCUCUUCUCGUCGCUCAAGUCGGGACUGCUCGUGUGCACGGACGUUGUUGCACGCGGUAUUGAUCUGCCGGACGUCGACUGGAUCGUGCAGUAUGACCCGCCGCAGGACCCGAACUUCUUCGUGCAUCGUGUGGGCCGUACGGCGCGUGCUGGACGCUCUGGGUGCGCGUUGUCGUUCCUGUCUUCGAACGAGGAUGCCUACGUGAACUUCCUGAAGAUCCGAAAGGUGCCAUGCGAAGAGAUGACGCUCCCGCUCGACACUAUGGAAGACGUGCUGCCCAAGGUGAAGUCGUUCAUUUUGGAAGACCGUGACCUGCUAGAGAAGGGCACCAAGGCCUUCAUGGCAUUCGUGCGGUCUUACAAAGAGCACCAGUGCCAGUUCAUUUUCCGAUUCAAGGAGCUUGAUCUGGGUGCCGUGGCGCGCGGCUUUUGCCUUCUUCAGCUGCCGAAGAUUAAUGAACUGCGUAACGUCCGCAUCAACUUCGAGAAGACUGACAUCAAGACGACGGACAUCAAGUUCAAGGAUAAGGCUCGCGAAAAGGAGCGUCAGAAGAAGCUGGCUGCCAUCGCGAAGGAGAAUGAAGAACGUGAAAAGAAGAACGCCGAGAUGCGUGAGAAGAAGCGCAAGCGUCCGCUGGAAGAGGAGAACCAGAAGCACCCGCGUCGUCGUGAGAAGAAGAAGGGUCUGCACCAGCAGAUUGUCGAAGAAUGGGACGAGCUGGCCGAGGAGGAGCAGCUAUACAAGAAAUUGAAGAAGGGCAAGAUCACGGAGGAGGAGUACGAGAUGGCACUGCUCGGUAAGGCGGACGAUUCGGACGAUGAUGGCGAUUCUGACGGCGAAGGCAAGAAGAAGCCGAAGUGGCAGCGUGCGGAAGAAAAGCUCAAGGAGCGGUUCAAGAAGAAGGAGCAGGUGGUGAAGAAAACGGCGGAGCAGAAGCGCGAGGCUGCCAAACGUGAGGAGCGUAUUCGCAAGCGCAAGAAAGCACAACACGUCCAACGUGCACAGCAAAGAGCCCAGCGUCGUGCCCGGCGCUAA